UGCUCAACAGCCUUCAUUAUACCCUGGUUAGGAAUCCAGAUGGGUCGAAACAGCACUCGUUGCUGAAAUAGCUCACUAUCAUGUCUUGCACUGUAGCCUUAUUGUAGUUAAAGUUGGUGGUAGCUUGCAGUCAGUUGAGUCCAAUGGCGUAGAAGUCGUGGACAAUAGCUGCUUCUUUCUCGUCACUAUAAGUUCCAAUGUAUUUCUUCUUUCCACAAACAUUGAUCAGCACUUGCCAGCGGCUGCCAUUAGCGAGCACUCCAAUGUACUGAGAUCUUCUCCUCGAGGUUCCAUUGUGGAGGCCUCUGGAGCUCUUGGUGGUUGCAGUGAAGCUCACUUCUUGGUUGGAGUUGAUCAUCUCGAGGAUAGUGGUGAGGUUCUUAGAAAUGUUUGGUUGCGACUUCUUUCUACUCUUUCUGCUCUUUGUGUCUUUAUUAGUCUUACUGCUUGAUUGCUUCUCAGGAGACCUGUAUUGGGUGUCACACAGCAAGCUGAGGUCUCCAAUAGUGGUCUUUCUGUUAACUGAUUCACCUGGUUGAUCUAGUCUAAGCUGUGGUGACUUUGGAGGCUGACAACCCCAACAAAGCUGGUUAGAUAUUUCAGAGAGAGCUUUGUCAAGAGCUUCGUAA